AUGCGCCUCUACCUACUUCCCAUCUCCACAAGGCGAACCCUCAUUUACUGCCAGCGACUCAAUGCCACCACUACAAAUGAGGUUUCCCUACUAGAUAAGACAACUACAAAGGCGAAUAAUCUUUGGAGUAGUUGGGAGAAGAAGGAAUCAGGAUGGCAGAAGAAGGUGGUCGAGUUUGGGAACAAGGCUCUGCAAAGGAUACCAUAUGAGGAAUGGGGUUUAAAAUCGAUUCCUCCCUUGUCUAAACGAAGGCGAGCAGAAGAGUUGGGCGAUAGAGAGAAAGUUGAGAUCUCAUUUCCCUCAAAUUUUCUUCCACAGGAAAGCAUUUCGAAAAUCUUGCAGAUACUUGGCACAGAGAGGAGGCAACUUCAUAAGACGAGGUUAUGGGGUUCAAUCAUUGGAAUGCCUUUGGUUGCUCCUUUCGCACUUGUUCCGAUUAUCCCAAAUUUACCUUUCUUCUAUCUCUGCUUUCGUGCAUAUAGUCAUUGGAAAGCGUUAGCAGGGUCUAAACACAUUGACUUCCUUUUGAAGAAAAAUCUCAUUGCACCCAAGCCAUCCAAGAUAUUAGACGAGUUAUAUUUGAAUAACAAGAUUCCGUCUCCCGACUCGAAAAGUGCGGCUGAUACACUAUCAUCAAAUUCGAAUGUAUCGGAUGUUGAGACGAUGCUACUUCAUGCUUCUGAUGGAAAGGAAAUUGCCAAAGCAUUAGACAUACCAGAAUUGCAAAUGGAACUUGAUCGAGCAGUUUGGCAAGUAGAAAAUGAUCUGGAAGCUAAAAGGAAAACGAGGGAGGAAAAGGACCAAUUGGCCUUGACCAAGGAGGAGGCCAAGAAAUAA